UUUAUUUAAAAUUGUAGGUGUUUACAGUUAGUAUGAAAAGAAAAGUAAUAAUAAUAAAGUUUUGAAUGUAUAAGUCAACAAUUUUGUUUUCUGUCUUUGAAUGCAUUUAUUAUAAAUUCAUUUUUAUAUUCCUGUAUAUAUUAUUAUAAAUAAUAAUCAAUUUUUUUCCCUAUGUAGUGCUCAUUCAUUUUUCUUUCAUUUUAUUUUAUAUAGAAUUGUGAAAAAACAAUGCUUGAUCAGUAAAGUUUUAGGUGAGAGUAAGUAAUUUUUUCCUGAACUUAUUCUAAUUUCAGCACUUUUUUUCGAACCGAAUAUCCUUAGUUUCCGUUCUACAUUUGGUUAAGUGCUGCGCUUCCGAAUGUCUCGCACUCAAUCAUUUUUUCUUUAUCUGAAAACAAAGUUAAGCGGAGAAACGACCUAUACUUUCAGCUAAACAUUUCUAUCUAACCAAUUACUACAUCACGCCUACGUCAUUAUGUCGAUAGCGAUUGGACAAAAUCCUAUGACGUUUUUCCCCCUUUUGAUUUCUGUCAAGUUGAAGAAAAUGUUAUAAAUGAAAGGUGUUUGGAAAUUGACAGCGCGGUCGAUUGCAUGCUCUCCUAUCAACCACUGACAUUCUAUCCUAAAAUAUUUUCAAAUGGAAAAUAGAGAGUGGAUAGUUUUGAUCUGGUGGUUUAUGUGGUUAUUUCAGUGCACAAUUCCGGCCGAUGUUCAACAAGAAUAUAAAACCGCCUUAUUUGAAACAAGAAGCUUCGAAGAAUGGAAAAAUCACUGGCACGACGAGAAGUAUCGAAGAUGCUAUCAUCAAAUACCUAGCCAUAUCAAAUUGGCUUGCGAAAAAGAUAUUUAUAGAGUAGAGAAAAAGAAUCCGAUGCUUCGAGCUUUCGAGAAACCAGACCAAUAUCUACCCAUAGAUUUAGUAUACGGUUUUGGCACGAAGAAGAGAAGUAGGAGGCAGAAACAGAAACGUCAGGCCAGUGGUAUUAUAGAAGAAUGUUGCGAAAAACCUAUGGGCUGUUCUUGGGAAGAAUACGCGGAAUAUUGCCCGGGUCACAAUCGAAGAAGAAAUAGUAAUCUCUUCUUAACCGAUAAUUAAAGGCCUUAAACGUUUCUGCUUCAUCGUGUUUACCAAAGAUGCAGAAUAAGAAGUCUAUUAUGGCUGUAACACUUGUGUAAACGACCUUCCUAAAAAAACUGUAGAUGACAGUUUUGUCUAAUCAAAAUCGCUUGCAAUUUGAGAAUAAAAUGUUUUAAUUCGA